GACGCACCGCACACAGGGACGAGUCCCUGAAGCUACCGUUGGACGUGUCUUUGCUGAAGCACCUUCCCAGUCUUCCGUCGCCCUCGAGAACAUCCCUGUACUCUUAAUUACUUAAUACAAAAUACAGGCGUCGUCUCUGUGCUCCUUCAAGAUUAUUCUGUGCUUGAGAAAAGACAGGGCCGCGAUGUCCACCAUCGAAGAGGCCACCAGCCGGAGCAUCAAGCCCUUCCGCUCCAGCGAGGAAUACCUGUUCGCCAUGAAAGAGGACCUGGCAGAGUGGCUCCGCGAGCUGUACGGCAUCUCUGUGUGGAGCCACACGUUCGCAGAGGCACUGGAGACGGGCUCUGUGCUCUGCCAGCACGCCAACGAGGUCACAAGGGCGGCCCGCCGCUUCCUGCAAGAGCACGGCACCGCCCAGGGGCCGUACAUGAAGCUGCCCGCACGUGAGGUCACCUUCAACCAUGCGGCACCGCGCGCCUCCUUCGCGGCACGAGACAACGUGUCCAACUUCAUCAGCUGGUGUCGGACGGAGAUGGGCAUCGCGGAUGUGCUGAUGUUUGAAACGGAGGACCUCGUUCUGCGGAAGAACGAGAAGAACUUUGUGCUGUGCCUGCUGGAGGUGGCCCGCAGAGCCUCCCGCUUUGGCAUGGCAGCACCGCUUCUCAUCCGAAUGGAGGAGGAGAUAGAGCAGGAGAUUCAUGAAGACCUGCAUGUGCCGGAUGAGGGAAAAGCGCUGCCCGGAGCACAGCGUUGGGCGUCCGACUUCGAGAAUCUCGAUGAAAUGGUCCAGCAUCUUGUGAGCCGUUGCACCUGCCCCACUCAGUUCCCCAUGGUAAAGGUGUCAGAGGGCAAGUACAGGGUGGGCGACUCGUCCACUCUCAUCUUUGUACGGAUCCUGAGGAAUCAUGUGAUGGUGCGAGUGGGCGGCGGCUGGGACACGCUGGAGCAUUACCUGGACAAACACGACCCCUGCCGCUGCACCUCUCUAAGCCACAAGCAGUCCAGGUCAGGUCUCCAGCAUCCCGCUGCUCCUGUUCAUGGGGUCAUGGCUCGUGUUGGCCAGAAUGGGACGCAAACCACGCUGCUGGUGAGCCGCUUGCAGUCGCCGCCUCCGCCAGUGUGCUGGAGCUCUUCGGGACCCACCCAGUCGGUGAAACCGGGCAGUACGAGUGCCUCUCUUCGCCACGCAUCCUCUCCGGAACCUGGCAGCAGGGCCAAUAUGGAGCCCAGGCCACCAACUCCCAGCAGGGCGAGGGAGAGAACAGCCAUGCUUUCCGGCCGACAGCCACCCUCUGAUAGCUGGGAAGACUCAAUGCGACGUGCCUCCACGAGGACAGGGAGGGAAGCAACCCGGCAAGGUCCCUCCCCUCGCAUGGCUAGGAGCCUCCCUCGACCCACUGAGUCUUCCUCCGUCUCCCAGCCUGAAGUCCACCGUCCCAAGACACCCCUGAUGCUCCAGAGGAACACUUUGCCACCCUUCCUCCAUCCAGUACAGCACAGUUUGGAUCCCCGGCUGACCCAGACCUGGAGAAAAUCUCAGUUUGCUUCCAAGCAGAAGCAGAGCGCUGCACAAAACAUGGAGGCUCAAAAUGGAGUGGCCAACCCAGUUAGCGUACAAAGCCAGGGGGGUCUGUUUUCAGCCAGGUCUUCUACACCGGUACGCUGCUACGUCCCCACCCAGAACAUCCAUCAAAACUCCAGGACACUUGAUAAAACCAUCCAGCCAACUGAGGGUGCUGGGAGUUCUCUACAGACUCUGGACUUUAUUCGCACCUUUAGUCCAACAAGACAGGUGAGAAAUGAAGCCUUAGAUCACCAUAAUGCCUCAACAUUUUCCAAAUGCACACCAAAGGACUGUUUGGUUGACCAGACCGUUCGAUGGAUGUCCACACCGUUUAACUACCAGACAACUUCCAAAAACAUCUCCAAAGAGAUGAGAAAAGAUGGGUUGAGUAGCUCAGCACAGGAUGCAUUGAGCUUCCCCGUUGAACAUGGGAAUGCCAUCGACAGUGAAAUAUUUUGCCAAAGUGUCACAGAUCCAAGUCACUCACACAUUCAGCACCAGGAUUUUAAACAACUCCACAAUAAAGGCAAAGAGGAGGAUGACAGACAAGAAAACAGGAGAUAUGCCUUCACUCCUCAACCUAUCAGCCCAGCACAGGAAGCCAGCUUGUACCGAAGUCUAGAACAUGAGAUUCUGGCCAACCUUCAGCUUCUUGACACAGACCUAGAUGACAGCAGCAGUGAGGAAGAUCCUGAAGAUGGUGGCAGUGCAGAGAAAGUGACGACUGUCUCCAGAAGAGUCCCUCUUCCUCGUCCACAUGAUGCAGGUCUGCCCAGCUCAGGGUCCACAGCUCAAGUUGGAGCUUCUUCCACCCUUGACUCCGGGGGAAAUGUUUAUGGCGCUGUUGUCGCCGAACUCCUGGAAGGGAAAAGUGUGCUAAGGAGCGUGGACAUGGAGAGCUGGGUGGCCAAGCUCCCCAGCAAAUCAGGAGAUAGAAUCCAGGUUCAGGAUGCAGAGGUUAACGCAGGGUGGGUUAAGGGUUCCAAGCCCAGUACUUCAAGCUCCUGGUCUUCCCUGGCAUCCAGCGUGAAAUCUGACGAUUUCCAAGAUCCUAAAAAGUGUAGAAGCGAUGCUGCCGAUGCAAGACUUGAGGCACCUGAAGCCCCUGCAUCUCUCACGGGCAUGAUCCAGGGUCCUGGUAAAGAAGGAAACCCCUCCUUCAAGCAGAACCGAACACUGAAGAAGCCAGAGAGGGUGCCUUCCAUAUAUAAACUGAAGCUGCGGCCCAGAGUUCGACCCAGGUGCGACCACAGGCCUGAGAAGAAACCCUCCAAGAUUCCGACCCCACUCUUCUACAGGAGAGGUCAGUCUGGCCGAAACUCACAAAGGGACAGAAGGCGAGGAGCACCAGUGGCUCCACUGGCUUGUUGGGAAAGCCCUGACUCACAGAAGGAUGUGGAACCACCACUGAAGAGCCCAGUGACAAGGGUCUUCAGGGUGAAGAGAGCAACAGAGGAAAUGCAGAGGGACCAAGAGCAAGAGAGCUGGGUUUAAAAGCCAUCAUGGUCGCAUGAAAUUUUACUUUGAUAUUGCCACCUCACAGCAGUUAUGUCUCAGUAUUUUAUUAAAAAAAAAAAAGAGGCUUCUGGCAAAAACCUAGCAGUAACAAAAUAGCUGAUACCACAAUGCCGCAGCACACAAGGAUAUUCUCAUUUUUUUGUAGCAGACUUUUUAUAAUUCUGAAAUGUUUCGCAGAUUUUGCCAAGUUUUCAGUCAUUUAUUUCGGCCUUGAUUUUGCAUGCAGAAAUUAAUAUUGCGGCUCAAACUUUAUCAUAGCACGCUUUUUGUAUUUCAUACUUUUUCUACGUCAAGCCUUCUUCGCAUUAUUUUCCCAUGUGUCUCACGAGCCGCUUUUCCAUUUGGGCAGGAGAUCCCAUCACAGCUGGGGAGCAGAACACAAUGGAGUCGCUGAGGGUUUAUUAUCAGCCCCUGCCGGGCAUCCCUCCAUUUUCUGCCAAAGGGGUGUGGGGCACAGGAGCUACAUGCCGUCGUCUCAACACAACCUGGCGCUUGGGUCUGGGCAAUGCCGCAAUACAGCAUCCCAUCGGGGGUGACACAAAGCCACCUAGUCCUUGUCGAGGAGCCACGUUCACGGAGAUUGCAGGGGAAGGACGGUGCGGGAAACACAGCCCAUUAGAGAGGCAGAAUGUGGAAAGAGCUGCUUCUUAACCGUCGGCCACAUGCAAAUGAUGGAAGCUUCAGGAUAAUGAAAACAAUUCCUCACUGCAAAGUAGAUGACAUAAAUAAAUGGAAUGAAUGACCAGAAAUACCGUUCAUGUUGUACUUUGGAACAAACCUGCGACUCUUCCUUUUAAUUGCAUUUUACUUUUAUUCUACCAGCAACGUGCUUGCCAGGACCUGGGGUUCGCUUUCCGACGAGCUUCUACGUGCCUGUUGACGGCUGCACUCUGCAGGCUUAUAAAUAUCUCCCGGAAUACGGCUGGAGAGACGGGUGCUGAGCUAUUAUUAGCAUUAUCAGAAAUGCAGCCUGUCACACUACACUGGCUGCGCCGUGUCUGACUGCCUCCCCUCCUCCUGUCACGUUCCUGCGGUUUAAGGUGGAAAAGGGGGCCUCCAAUUACCUGUGCGAUCUGUGCGAGCGACGAGGACGGCUCAGACAUCUUCCCUGCCAACGUCAUUCUUUCAAGUUCAUCCUUUAUGAAAGGAAUUGUAAUGAACAGCAUGUGCCCGACUGAUAAUGCGCAUUAAAUGUGCUUUAAUGUGUUUUAAUGUGUUUUCUCGAGUUUCAGCUAAAGCCAAGAGUUUAAAAAUACUAGGUUUUCAAAAAUGAAAUAUUAAUAUAUCUAGAUGGAUGCACACUGGCUGAACCGAUUUUCCCGACUGGGGUCACGGCAA